CAAACAACGAGCGCAAUGGAUGAACAUUUUGCAGAAGAUCCCAAUUUUGCAGUGAUCUGCUCUUUUUUGGACAACUUUAAGAAUUUAAUCACCGACAGUUCGGACACUGUGACAAUUGACGAUAUUCAGCAAUUCCUUGAUGCCACCGAGUUUGAACAAACAAGCCCAGUGGUGAAGUUGCACUUGAAGCUGCUGAGGGGGAUUGGAUUCUCACCACAUGGUAAACCAUCAUGCACACAGUUCUCCAAAGAUAUGAUAAAGUUUAUUGAGGAUUUUCCGGAACGAGACGACAAACUGCUGGUUGACCUGGAGUAUAAUUACACACUACUCCCUGCUGAAGUGAAAAUACGUAUCUUGAAGAAUCUUUUGGAAGACCAGUUUCAGUUCAAUAACUCCUUCAACGAGAAGGUUAACAAUGACCUUGAAAAGCGAGGUGACAUCCGCCAUACUCCUGCUGGCAGAGAUAGGCUUGGGCGGACAUACUGGUUCGUGCUGGAAUCGUCUGGAUCCCUGCUUCUCUACAGACAGUUGCUGAAUGAACUCACAGGGGAGGAAACCUGGGCGCUAGUUUCUCGUGACAUGGAGGGCUUGGAAUCGCUGAUAGAUUCCCUUCAGAGUGAUGAAGUGGCCCUGGAGAAUGCAGAUCCCACGCUGCCUAGCAACACAGCUCCUGUGGUGUCAUCUGUGGUCAAUAUGGCGACCGAAACUGACAGCAGACAAAAAAUGGCUGGCUUAGGGUUUCAGCCAAUGUGCUCUCCACUCUUUUUCAAAGCCCCGCCUCUUCGUGAUAAACAUGAAGUUCUAGAGGACGAACGACUUCAUGGCCUGAAACACUGCAGUGUGCAUCUGAAAAAAUUGAACUCAGAUAAUGAGCAUCACCUUAAAAAACUGAGCUGUUUUGAUGAUUAUGGUUCAAAUAGAUCAAAAGGAAAACUAAUUUGUACAGAUGCAAAGGAAAUAAAGCCUGAUACAUGCAUUUUUGAUGUUACAAAGUCAUCUGGAAUGAAAUAUGAUGAUACUGCUGAGCAUAAAUGUCCUGAUCUUAAACCUGGUUUGAAGGAUAUGAAGCCGGUACCAGAGAAUUCAAGCACAAACAAUGAUAACAAUUAUUGUGGUAAACCUGUAUCAGAUCUGGUUGUUAAAGUGUGUGCAUUAAGCAAUAUUGCCAACGACGAUGUUAAAGUGAAGGUUGAAACAAAUAAGAAUGUAAAUGCAUGCAUACCUAGUAAACAUUCAGUGACAGAUGAAAGUGUUAAAGGUUCAGUUGUCACAAUGCUUGAAGACAUCAAGAAAGUUAAAGAUGAAAUAAAUUUUGCUACAGACGAGUCAGGUAAAGAGGUUACUACCAAAACUUCCAUAGACAAUAGUAGUACAGUUAGUGAAGCAAAUAUGGCCAAAACUGAUAUUCAUACUGACAAAAACACAAGAUGCUCUGCAGGAAAAACAGACAAGAUAGAUAAAAGCGUUAAUGAGCAGUUAAAAGCUUGCACAGACAAGAUAGAUAUAAGUGAUAAUAGGAAGUUAAAUGCUGACACAGAAGGAUUCACUUGUGAUUCAAAUCAUGCAACCACGACGCACAAUUCAAAUUCAACCAAUCAGCAAGAGAUCUCUCCCGCCGUUUUAAAUUCCAUUGAAAAAUGUAGCAUUCAGGCAAAACAAGCCUUAAGAGGAAACCUACAAAUGACAGCCAUGCCAAAUACACUUGGCUUAUCAUCAGGUACUGUUUCUUGCUCACAGUUUUCUGAAAUAACUAUACCACAGCAUGUUGUUAAGAAAACAAAAGAUGUUCAAAAUACUGCUUCUAGACUUGUUUUCUUACCAUCUUUGUCAGGUAAGAAGUUUAUUUACAAACUUGAAACCUCUGCAACCAGUUCAACAACAGUGACUUUACCAUCACCUUCAAGUUUGACACCUGUGAUUUCAUCUUCAAGUUCAACACCAACAGUUUCAUCAUCCUCUUCAACUUCAACACCAGUGAUUUCAUCAUCGUUUUCAAGUUUGACACCUGUUAACAAGUUUCAAGUUAACAUUUCCUCUGCUGUACCUGGAAGUACAGCUGACAUGACUGUGCUCAAUGUUGGAGAGAAACCUAAAAUGUGUUAUAUGAACAAAGCAUUGCCGCACUGUGCACAGAAAUGCAGACAAUCUCCUGUUAAAGCUGUUACUUCCAUCCAAGAAAGCAUGAGAGAUAAACUGAAGGAGAAAAUUAGUUCUCCAAAGAAUGGAAUGACUGUGCAUGCAUGGAAAAAUGAUGGCAAAUUACUUACUCUUUCUUCCAUCAAAGGGAACAUUACCGACAAACUGAAGGAGAAAAUUAUUUCUCCAAGGAAAGGAUUAAUUUUGUAUGCAGGGAGCGAUGGCAAAUACUAUGUUCAGAGCACGGGUGAAGUCUUUGACCAUCCGUCUCAUACACAGUCUAUUCAUCACAAAGUUGGCUUGAGCUUUUUCGUACAUGAAAGGGCAAUAGCAAUCAAAAAGAAAUCAACAGAAGAAUCCAAACCAGUUCAGAAUGUGGCACAUACACCAAAGUGUAAAUUUCCAACGCGUACAAGGAAGAAAGGUGGAAUGAAAAUACAUUAUGACGACACUGAAUCCUCAGACAGCUCUUUUUACAGUGAUAUAUCUGCUAACUUGUCUUCGGAGGAAGAGGAUGACUUAGACAACGAGGAGGCGGAGUCAGCAAUGAGUGAUGAUGCUGAUGAUCUAAAUGAAGAUGAACAGCUUGACUUUGAUGGUGCAGAUGGGAAGCCAGCUGUUCUUGGUAGAAAUGCAAAGAGGGCAGCAGCUAUGAAAUGUUUAAACUACUCAGAGUUCAGAAAUAGUGAUGCAGAAGAAGAAGAAGAUGAUGAGAAUGAUGCUGACAAUGAUGAAGGAACUGAAGAGAAACAAGAACAAGUAGAAGACACAGAUCCAUGUAAAGCCUGUUCGAGUAGUCGACUACCUCAUACAAUUCUCCUGUGUGAUUAUUGUGACAGUGGCUAUCACAUGACCUGCCUGAUUCCGCCCCUGUCCCUGGUACCACUCGGGGAUUGGCUGUGCCCACCUUGUGAGCAUGAGGAGUUGAUUCAGACCCUUAAAAAGAACCUGAAGUUGGCACAAAAUGCUAUAAAUAGGUUGCAAAGGAAAAAUAAAAGACUAGAAUACAGCCAGGAGUCCUUCCAAGUAGCACAGCACAACAUUAUCAGCUCUGAGAGGAGAAGGUGCAGACAGAAAUCAGUCAACUACAAUGAGUCUGAGUAUGAAAAAAGGAUGUACGAAAGUGUUGAAAAAGAAAUUGAGAAAGCGGGGAAAGUCACUACAUCAGCCAAAAGGAAAUCAAAGUCCCCCAAAACUACCUCAGAAGAUCAGUCUUUGUCUGACACUGACUCAAGUACGGGUUCAACAAAAGAACAACACACUUCAUCACGGUUUAAAAGGACUGGUAGAAAUCAACCAAAAUCCAGCAGCAAAAGCAGGGAUAACUGCAAUAAACCAGUCUCGAAGAAGGAUCUGAGAAACUAUAAGAGAAGAAGGCACUUGUUGACUGGGGUUGAAGACAAUAGCUGCAGUGAUACUGACAGUGACUAUGUGCCAGAUGUGUACAGUGGCUCUGACAGUGAGAAGCAGGAUUCCCGGGAGAUAUCGGAUCACACCCCUCCUGUGCGCUAUACAGCGUAUGGAAGGAAGACAAAGAAUGUCUCUUAUACUUAGCUUGACAGACGAAGAAUGUCUCGUAUACCUAGCGUGCCAGCUAGUUUUUAACUGUUUCAACUAUAGGUGGAUGUUUUUUGUUUGCUAAAAAAUCUGGAAGUCCAGACCACAAAUGAAUAUACCUGUUUAAAAAUGUUGGUGCAAGAAGUUUAUCUUCAAAUUGACAAAAUUGAAAACAAUACUAAUACUUAAGUAAAGGGUAUAAUCUCAUAAGUUACACUUUUUGGGACAAAUAUUUGUUUGUGCUUUAAAACUAUAAAGAUAAUCUCUGUCCAAUAUAAAAUGUCCAAUACAAAUGUAUUUUGGUACACAAAUUUACAUAAUUCCAUAAAAUUUCGAUAAAAGAACAUAAAUAAUAGUUAAUCAAAGAAAGGUUGUGCUAUUGACCUGGCAGGAUCAUUGUGUAUAGGGGCUGUUCAUUUUUUGCCAUAUACUUAAGGCAGACUUGAACAAAUUUAUUUGUGCUCAAUGGUAAAUCUAGUUAAAACAGAGAAUCAUUUGACUAAAUUUGGUUUUAAUCAAGCUGCAAACACACCAUGUCAAUCCACUAUAGACAAAAAUCAACUGUAAUUUAAUGGGUUAAUUUUUAUUAGCUCACCUGAGCUGUGCUCAUGGUGAGCUUUUGUGAUCGCCUUUUGUCCGUCGUGCAUUGUGCGUCGUGCUGCGUCAACAUUUGCCUUGUGAACACUUCAGAGGUCACAUUUAUUGUCUGAUCUUCAUGAAACUUGGUCAGAACAUUUGUCCCAUUGAUACCUCGACUGAGUUCGAAACUGGGUCAUGCUGGGUCAAAAACUAGGUCACUAGGUCAAAAAAAAGAAAAAUCUUGUGAACAAUGUAGAAGUCACAUUUGAUGCCUAAUCUUCAUGUAACUGUGUCAAAAUGUUUGUCUUAAUAAGAUGUUGGUUGAGUUGAAAAAUGGUUCCAGUCUGUUGAAAAAUAUGGCCUCCAGGGGGUUGGGCAGUAUUCCUGAUAUGGCUAUAUAGAAACCUUGUGAACACUCUAGAAGUCACAAUUUUAACCCAAUCAUCAUGAAACUUGGUCAAAACAUUGGUUUCAUUGAUAUCUCGGUUGAGUUUGAAAAUGGUCCAGAUCGUUGAAAAAACAUGGCCGCCAGGGGGUGGGGCAGUUUUCUCUAUAUGUAUAUAGUAUAAACAUGUGAACACUCAAGAAGUCACAUUUUUGGUCCAAUCUUAUGAAAUUUGGUCAGAACAUUUGUUUUCUGGAUACGACAGUUGAGUUAAACAAUGGUUUGGAUCGGUAAAAAAACAUGGCCGCAAGGGGGGGGGUCAUUUUUCUUAUAUUGAUAUAGAAAAAAAAGCUUGUAAACACUCUAGAAGUCACAUUUUUGGCCUAAUCAUUAUGAAAUUUUGUCUAAAGAUCGAUUUUAUAGAUAUCUCGGACGAGUUCAAAAAUGGUCAUGAUGGGUGGAAAAACAUAGCCGCCAGGGGGCGGGGCAUUUUUCCUCAUAUGGCUAUAGUAAAACCUUGUUAACACUCUAGAGGCCACAUUUAUUGUCCAAUCUUCAUGAAAUUUGGUCAGAAGAUUGGUCUCAAUGAUAUUUUGGAUAAGUUUGAAAAUGGUUACGUUUGCUUGAAAAACAUGGCUGCAACGGGGCGGUGCAUUUUUCCUUAUAUGACUAUAUAUUGCUAUAGUAAAAUCCUGUAAACACUCUAGAGGCCACAUUUAUUGUCCGAUCUUCAUGAAACUUGGUCAGCAGAUUCAUUCUAAUAAUAUCUUGGACGAGUUCAAAAAUGAUGCCGGUUCGUUGAAAUACAUGGCUGCCAGGGGGCUAUAUGGCUAUAGUAAAACCUUGUUCUGUUGAAAAAUGUGGCUGCCAGGGUGUUCACUAGUCAUGAAAGUUGGUAAGAACAUUUUGUUGUUAUGACAUCUUGGGCUGCACAGAACAGGUCAGUUCCUUUGAAUCUCAGGUGAGCGACUUUGCGCCUUUCAGGCCCUCUUGUUGUUAUUAUAUUUUAAGUAUUAAACAGAUCCUGUAAAGGUAAAAAAACAACUUUUUGAAACAAAAACAACAAUAACAGACCUGUUUACUUCUACGGAUUCGCCGUAGUUACUACGGAUUCUUUGGCUAAACUACGCACUAGGGAUUUGUACUGAAAAUCUACGGAUCUGUCAACUACUGAGAAGCAAUCGGUAGGGUCAACAGGUCUGCAAUAAACAUUUGUUAUUAAAGCCACACACCUUGAAAUGAAGUACAUAUAGAUGAAUUUUAAAGUGUGCAAAAUUGUCGUUAAAUCCAUAGCCUAGUUAGCAAGUAAUUUUUUAUUUCUUUUUAAACCGAAAAUAGGAUUUCUGUACUUAUACGUCCAUUUCGACAAACGCGAUUAUUUUUAAGUUUUAAAGCGUGAAAAAGACAGAUUUCUACCUUGUAACCACCAGAUAUAUUCUAAUUAAGAUAGAUAAAAUUAAAUAUAUAGCCUAGUUAGCAAGUAAUUUAUUAUUUUUCAAAUGGUACCGCUUUUAAAACCGAAAGUAGGAUUUCUAGACGUAUACGUCAAUUUCGACAAACUCGAUUAUUUUUAAGUUUUAAAGCGCAAAAUAGACGGAUUUUUUAUCUUGAAAAUAUCAGAUAUAUUCUAAUUGGCAUAGAUAAAAUAUGUUCCUUAUUCAUACUUAAAUUUACUGUGCCAUGUUUUUCAUUUCAAUGUGUGAGGAUGUAACAAAAUAUGGAUGCAAAUGAUGUUUGCAGACUAAUAAAUGAUAUUUAGGAUGCUUAAAAGUAGCGCAUGUUUUGCUGAAUUUUAGCAAAGACCUAGGUCUUUGAUUUUAGUUGCAAGUGAUGUGACGAGCAAUAUGUAGCAUGAAAAUUUGAUUAGGCAAAACAAAUUGUUUGUUACUUCUAACACAAACCCAAGUAUAGAGUCAGCUGCACUCUUGUUGUUUCAUGAUUAUUUUAACAUGUAGUUAUUACUCAUCAAAGAAAUUGUCUUGUUAAUGUGCAUUGAAUUAUUAUUACGAUUGUAUUUAAUGAAUAUUAAACUGCAGUGUCGUUCGUUUACUUUUCGAAUUAAAAGAUCAAUGUGUG